CAUCACCCCCCCCCCUCUCUCUCUCUCACUCUCUCUCUCUCCUGUCAGACCCACUGUCUUGAUAAACACUACUGCACAAGGAGAAGAAUCUGUUGUUUUAUGGUGAUCAUGGGAAUUGAAAAGCCUGCAUGGUUAGAAGCACUGUACACACAAAAAUUCUUCGUGGGGUGUUGUUACCAUGAGACAGCAAAGAAGAAUGAAAAGAACGUGUGCUGCUUGGAUUGUUGCAUCAGUAUCUGCCCUCAUUGCAUACCCUCACAUCGCUUUCACAGGCUUCUGCAGGUUCGUCGCUACGUCUAUCAUGAUGUUGUCAGAUUGGAAGAUGUUCAGAAGCUUAUCGAUUGCUCUAAUGUUCAGGCAUAUACUAUUAACAGUGCUAAAGUGGUGUUCAUCAAGAAGAGGCCUCAAAACAGACAAUUCAAAGGCGCUGGAAACUACUGUACUUCUUGUGACAGAAGUCUUCAAGACCCUUUUAUCCAUUGCUCUCUGAGCUGCAAGGUGGAUUUUGUGGUAAAACACUACAAAGACCUCACACCAUUCUUAAGGACAUGCAAUACCUUGACACUCAGCCCUGACUUUCUGAUUCCACAAGACAUGGGAGAGGAUGAGAUGACAAACGAGACACCACAUUCGACAGUAGUGGAUAGCAAUGAGCCACAAAGCUUGUCGUCAGGGUCAGACAACACCAGCAUGGCAAUGGCAAUGGCAAUGGCAAUGGCAUACAAUUCUGGUCAGCACCAGAUUGUGAGGAAGAAGAGAAGUGGGCUGUAUUUGUGCGGAAGAUCAGCUUCCAAGGUGUCUGAUGAGGACAUGGCUACAAGCAUGAGUAGAAGAAAAGGCAUUCCCCAGAGAUCUCCUCUAUGUUAGCAAAAACAAAAACUUAGAAAAUAAUCAUAACCCUAAAGAGUUCAAAUUACAAAUUUUUUGGUCUACUUUUUUAAUUUUGGACUGAAUCAUUAGUUUCAAAAUGCUAUAAGGCUCUGUCUGUCUCUCUUUUCAAAUUAAUUUAGUCACUUGGUCGGGGGGUUUUGUCUUAAUUAAUGGCAUCACGUGAUUCCCAGUUCCAAGUUAAGUGUUGGUACAAUUUCUUCUUUUUCUCGUAACUAUACCAUUAUUUAUAUUUAUUGGUUUACUAAA